GACGACUGAAAUUAGUGUUUGGAUUUUAAAAAUAUGUUUUCUGUAGGAAUAUUUCAUUCGUUUAGGUUGGCUAAGCUUACUCGUUUGAAUCGAGGAAACAGGGCCGUCUUACUGCAAGUGCUCGCAUGCAAUAGUCUUGCGGACUGAAAAACGGAUUUAAAAUUUUUCAGAUUCAGAUUCUUUUGUCAAAGUAUGCAAUCGUCAGAAUUUUACAAUAAGAAAUCCAAGAACAUUAUUCGAUGGGUGUAGCGAGA